UCGUGAUAACGGCAAACGCAGGAAUUAAAAUCCAACGCCUCCAACGUUUAUGACGACAUAUCCGCUGUGUUCUGACAUUUCAUUCCCCGGAAACAACAAUCAAUAGUUCUGCUACAUGUUGCUGACAGCGUCGUUUGUGUAGGAACUGUAGGUGGUGUUACAGUUUCUACACGAAACACGGACCAUAUUGUGGCCAGUGACGUCAGCGCCAUAGCAUAACACGGAUAUUAUUGCACUGUUAAAGCGUCGACGGAAGGUUAAAUGGGGUUAUAGCGUGUGGUUUACAAUAGUUAGCGGGGCCGUGCUACGCUGAUACGGACCGGACGGAACCGGACUAACUGAAACUAAAACACAAGCGAACCAUGAACUGAACGUAUUGCCGUCUCUGAACCUCAUGACAACAAAACACAACGACAAGGGUUAUCAUGUUCAGUUUCCUUGGACUCCGUAAAGACUCAAAGAAGUCAACAUCCGAAAAGGAAGCAGAUGGAGGCUUUGUUAUCAUUGGAGAGACGGUUGAGGAGCAGAGGAGGAAGAUGCAGACCAUGAACAUUGCACAUCCGUCUACAAACGUCAUUGUGCAGCCAUCAAGGUCAUACUAUACAGCUCCCGCUCAACCCACCGACACAGAGCGCCCGGCGGCGUUGUCUACCACGGGUGCAGCAGCAGGGACCUCGGUGGCGGAGGCCGCCUCAGCUCUCCCGGAUCUCCUCGGGGACGUCCCCUUCACCCUGGCUCCUCACGUCCUGGCCGCGCAGGCCGGGCUCCCCCUCGUCCCCGAUGUGCUGCUGUCCCGGGACAUGAACUACAACCUGACCAGCUUUCAGUACGACUUCACUCUAGAGAACUCCGUGCUCCACAGCGCCUAGUCUGUUAGAGAUCUGAUAUCAGGAGGUCACGCUCUGGGGAACUUCCUCUGGUUGUUGGGUAUUUGAGAGGUUCCAGCCUGGCAGCAUACUGAACAAGUCAAUGUGAUUCUGUAGCAUUAUGAAUGAGUAGAAACUUACAAAAUCACAUGAAACAUAAAAUGUGUUGUGGAACUACAAAGCAUACCAUUUCUGUUAUGAUCGGUUAAGACGUCCUGACUGUCCAGUCCUAGUCAUGUUACACUACGGAUACAGUGAAGUAGUGGGUCAUAACGAUGUUGUACAACUCAAGAGGAUACUCAUGGUAUAUUGCUCCUUAGGUUUCUAGACUUUAUGAUAACCUUUGCACUCAUCUCGUAAUUUGCUGAGAUUUGGGAACAUUGCAAUGAAAAGUCAAAGUGGUAGAGCCAAAAAUGGCUGUGGACACAAGUACGGUAAGUACGGUAGGUCAAAGUUAAACUGCUCAAUAAACUGUAGUGGAUGUUUGAUAAAGUUUGGGUGAUAAUGUUACCGUUAGCCUUUGUUGUCACUUCCAAAUAAGUUGAACUAACCUGGUAACCUGGUAUCUGAUCAUGGGAGCGGGAGAAUUCCAAACCGCGCAGGUCCAAAGGUUUUAAGGCUUUUGUUCAUGAUUGGUUAUUUUCAAAUCUAUUUUAUUCGAAAUUUCUCUCUCUAACUGUGCCAAUCUCCUGGGUCUGUACGUGUCUUUAUUUUCCAAGCAUAGGUAUAGCUUCAGGUCUCGGUAGGUGGGUCUGGUCUUGAAGACCCGGGUAUGGGCCAGGUUUAUGUGUCAGUUUUAGGACUACUGACUGGUCAUGUUUCUUGCCGUGUCGCACUUUUUAGUGAUGCUUCAAUUUUGCCAGAUCUCAGCAAUUAACAUGGAGAGUACGGUCUGAUUAUUACCAAUAUAUGAACAGUUGCCAAAACUACUAAAACCAGUUGUCUAAAGUUGAAAUAGUCCUUUCAGUGAUGCUUGAUAUUUUAUUGCACGCUUAGAACUUGGACAACAAAUAGCAUUCAUCAUGGAUGGAAUAUGCGGUAACACUAUUUUUACUAACUACAGCUUUUGUGUAAUAAUUGAUAUGAUGCGAUUUUUGUAUUUGACAUUAUAUAUAUAUAUAUCACUUCCUGCCACAAUUCAUGUUUUGACUCAUACGAAGGUUAUUCUCUCCAAAUCUUCACCAUGUUUGAACUUUGCUCCCUGAAUGUGGCCUUCCUUCAGAUCCAGCAUAAUCUUCUGCCAGAUUUUGUUUAUUGGAUCAUUCAUUCUUUCCGCUUUUUCCAUCCGUCAUGGCUUUCUUGUGUUCAUUUUGCAGUAGAAUACAAUCAAAUAUACAUGCCACUAGUCAGGCUCAGUAUGACUUUUGGAACGUUUUACAUCUACUGAAAUAGUUUCAAACCACGACAACAUGUACUGUACUCUUUGUUUACCCAAGAGAUGAAGCUGUGUUACUACUUUUUACAUUUAAACAUUGCACAGUGUCAACAGCAUAUGAGGAUUAUCUGUUUUUAAUGAUGCUGAAGAGUGUUGUGCUACUUCUCACAUUAAUUUGUGUCACACUCUCCUCUCUACUGCUCUGAGUUACCAACAGAAAAAAAUGUUUGCAUUCACUCACAAAGUCCAGUCUGUUCUACUUUUCUCUUUUUUUUUAUUCUUAUGUUACUGUCAAUAGAAGUCAAUAUUUCCUUCCCUGGUAUUUCACAUUGAAAGUCUUAAUCUUCCUGGUAGGCUUUUAUUGUGAAAAAUCUGCUUACUGACAGUUGCUUAACAUCCUUUUAAUUUUUGUUUUUUUUUAAACGGGAGGAUGGAAGCGUUUGAAAAUGAUUGUAUGAAAUUAGUAUUUAUGUUAAAACUCAGAGCAGCAGAGUGAGGAGUUAGAAUUUACAAGAAGGUAAUCCUAGUUCCAACAUUCUUUUACAGCCAGGUUUGUCAGCGUAUGGCCUUCUUUUGUUUGUGCUGGUUAUGACUUUAGCUUAAGCUGUUAUCUGAAUAUUAUUUUUCAUCUGAGCAGGUAUUGUACUUGAAUCCCCCAAGUUACAAUCUCUUUAUGCUUCAUUGCGGGUAAACACUGUAAACAUAUAGGGCUUGUUGAUGAGUUUGAUAUGUGUAACCUGAUCUGAAUCAUGUUCUAGGCAGUUAACAUAAUGUUGGCUCGAUUGACUACUUUACAAGGGUGAUUUCCUUUUGAGUUAUUUUGUAAACGUGAGCUCUGGAAAUUAACAAAGAAUUGUCGCUGAGAAGAGGAAAUACAUUUGCGUAGAGUCAUGAUUUUACCCAGGAAUUUAACAAAUACCGUAUUUGUAGCUCUUGAUUGUUUGUACAUAGUCAAAUUAGGUCUCUUUAAACCUGCUGUGCCUUUUUAAUAUACAGUCUUUUAGAAGUAAGCACGUAGCCACCUAUUAACUCCCACUUAGACCCUCCUCUUAAACCAUGCUAUUCCUUGAGAUCACAUCUGUUGGUUGUAACUGUGGAUGGCAACUUACUUCACAAAUAAAUUUUAAGAGCAUUGUC